AUGGACCGUAUUCAACGAAACGGGCUUACUACGCAAGUGAAUCGGCAGAUAGUCAAUGAAUUCCUCGACGCCGUGGUUCAGUUUGGCGACCACCGUAUGCCAGUCCGGAGGGCAGGCAGGGAAGCUGUAUGCGGACGCAACCAACACGGAUACGAUAUUUUGCAAUUUAUCUGUGCUGAAAUGGAUAGAAUCAAGCUGGAUCACGUUCACACGAGAAUGGUCUUUGAAGAACUCGAGUGGAUAUUUACGUGCAAACGAUGCAACGUUGGCAAAGAAGCUUCGGAAUUCAAACUGGGGAACCGUUUCUCUAUUCAAGUUACCGAAGACUUCAUUACUCUUAAGAGAAAAGUAGACUCAGACAUCAUCUUCCAGGCACCAGUUUUCACGCAGCUAUCUCCAAGCAAUCAGCUCUGCACCAAGACAUUUACGGAGAAGGAGAAUACCAUCACAAUGUCCUUGGCCUACGUAAGCGACUAUACUCCACGGGAGAAUGUGCGGAUUGUCAAUAGAGCCCUCGACACCCAAAUUAGGGUUGGGGGCAGAUGGGUGUCGAUCCGGGACAAAGGCACAGCUGGCAACCUACGCACUAAAGACGGAUACGCGAUCAUAAUGGCUAUCAAAGACGUCAUAAGCAACCAAGGGCUAGACGAGCUCCAGCAGGGGUUGCUCUUUGGCAAGCUCGGCUGGAGAUUCGAAUGUUGCGAAUGCCAAGCUGUCAAACCUGUUUCGAAGUAUGUAACGGCCAAUGCUUUCGAUAUCAAAGCUAGCGAUGAUCUCCAAGCAGAAGCAGCUUUUCUGGAGGACAAUACGAAAUGCGACAUCAACGGCGGAAAGAUGAGUAGUGGCAUGUAA